GAAAAAGGAGUGACCACAUAUACACAUAAAAAAAGCUAUUACUGCAAGAGGAACUGUAUCCUUUUGUAGACAAGAUGAGCACACUUUUCAUUUCCCUCUUUAGUAAGAUUUCUCGGAUCAUGUCACACGAGCCUAGAAGGGCUUAUUUUUGUUUGUCGGUGGUGUUUUCUUGUCUUUCUUUCUCCCUUUUCAUUUUUAUUUUUUAAACAUGGGCAUCCAAGACGUUGUUGCGCGUCUAAACAAAUCAGCUGGUUUUGAGGAUACGACAAUAGCCAAACCAAAGUUCAACACGAAUAAGACAGUCAUGAUCAACAAAGCAUUUCCACCUUCACCAGCAACGUCACCCACAAGCAGUACUCAAUCUGAACAAAAAGAAUUGAUUAAACCUAAAGAGAUCAAGGCUGAAAGGAAGGAAUCGAUCCAAAAGGAAAUAAAACUGACCAAGCCUGAGAAAAAAGAAUUGAUUAUACCAACUGUAGAUAUGGACAAGGUUGAUUCAAUAUCAGCAGAGAUCGUUGAAUUAUAUCAGCAAUUGCUAGAUCAAUAUAAUGCAUCACAAGAAUACAUAACCACAUUAGAGAGAGAAGCGACCAAAGUACGUGAUUAUGAGAUCAGAGUGGAAUACUUGGCCAACAAGCUUGAACAAGUAUCAGAAGAAAGAGAUUACUUUGAACAACAGUUAAAGCAGCAUAUGCCACCUUCCCCUGCUAUUAGUCAAAAAGAAGUUGUGCAAGACCAACAAAAGAAUGAUGCAUUCAUGGCAGAUUUAAUACAUGUCUAUGAGGAUAUCAUUGACGAAGAAGAUAAUGAAGAAGAAGGUGAUGAAUUGAUUAUAUUUGAUGACAACAACAACAACAACAAUGAUUACAUUAUGAAUCUUGAAAAUGAAAUACAAAAGGGCAUUCAAUUGACCAUUGCAAAAUACGUCAAUGACUUGGAACAACAAAGACAAGAGACCAAACAACUGAAGCAAGUGAUUCAAAAGCAGGAUGAGUUAAUAACGACAUUAGAAAAUAAGUUACAGAAUCAAUCAUUACUAAAAGAGCAAGUCGAACUACAGACGAUUGAACUAGAGAAUAAAAGAGAAUUGCUAUCUCAAUUACUAAAUGGAAGAGACGAUCUUUUAAAAAAGAAGAGAUCGUCCUCUACAUUAUCAACUAGUAGUAGUAGUCAAGGUCAUUCUAAUAGACACAGUUCUUUAUCUUCUGGUAGACGCACACCUACCCCCUUGACUGCCCCUCCCAAACAACCAUUACCUCCUUUACCUUCAUGCUAAUUUUGUGUAUAUAAUUUAUUACCCCCUCCUUCUUUUACAUUAUGACCCUAUUAUAUGUGUCAUCACGUGUUGUGUAUAUUAAACUAUCUUUAGCUUCAUCCCCAAGCUGCUGUUGUACAGUAAUUGACGAUUAAAUGUCCAUCGGUAUUAAAGCACUAAACA